UGGCCUCCGGCUGCAGGACCAUCGCAGACUACAGACAAGUGCACGAUGAUACACACGACGAGUUACACAUACAAACCAGCCUUCAGGUGUUCGCCACACGUCCUAAAGAAACGGGUGUACUUGGUGCUUGAUAGAUGACCACUGGCAUGCUCACGGGCGUAAAUGCCUAACCGCGUUUGCUGCCGGGUUGACCUUGGACCGGCUGAAGUCCUCGGGAGUGACGCCUUAAAAAAUGCCAUUGGGAGCGCGCAGAGGACAGACCACCCUCGUCCCUCUCGUGGCCACCAGCUAACAGAGGCAGAAGCAAGGGAGGGAUCUCCUUUGGUUCUGUGGAACCAGCUACGUGCGUGCAUGCUGUCGAUCAGGAGGAUGCAUGUGCUUCUCGGCUGUUUAGCGGGGAGAACAAGGAUCGCCACUGUUUGGACCGCGGUUUGAGCCUUGUUUUUCUACCCGCAGACCUGGAAGUGAAAGUAGUCGGGUGUCACAACCAGAGGAAGGCUUAAGUUACGGGAAGGAGUGGACACGAAAACAGCCGGCUGAGUCUUCACUGCAGAGGUAUGAACGGGCCUAAAGACAACGGGUGGAUCUGAUCUGAAACGCUCAAACUAAACUCCUCACUUCCACAUUCUAAUGAGGCCACGGCGAUGCUGACAUGCCCUCUGAAUCUUAAGAAAUCAUCAUGCUGAAGACGGAGGCCUCGGGGGAGAGGACCAGCCUCCGGAGUGCCUCCCCCCACCGAAAUGCAUACAGGGCUGAAUUUCAGGCACUCAAGAAGGCCUUCGACCAGCCUCGGAUAGAUCGAGACUCCAAGCCCAAGGACCUUGAACGCGUGAAACAGCAAAGGGGCCGCCAGUAUGGCGGCCAUGUCAGUCGCAUUAAGGACAUGUUCAUGCAGAUGGGCUCAGAAAAUGUGCCGGAUAAGGCCAAGAGCUGUGAUGAUUCCUCGCCACAAAAGUUGGUCAAGCCAACCAACUUCAUCAACAAGGCCGAUGGAUCCGUGAUUAAACUUCAGCAUUCCAUAUCGGCUGACCGGGUCGGAGGGGCUGGAGCGAAGUUCUCCGAAACCAGGAAGCUGUUUGAGCAGCAGUCACGUGACCAGUCCCAAUCCCCAGUCUUUCCAUACGGACGUGACAAACGAGGUUCCCAUGAGCACCUUGAUGACUGGCGAGGUCCUAGAUCUAAUCGAGGCAGCACAGACUCCUUGGACUCACUGUGCUCAAGAGCAGAGGCGUCCUCGCCAACCGUCAGUCAACUGAGUGCUGUGUUUGAAAAUACAGACCACGCGAAUCAUGGUGCGGCCUACAAAGGGGUCAGCAGACGGGCCCUCUACUCUCCAGACGGGGGCCACCGCCCUGGAGGUGACGUCAGUGAGGAUGAUUCGAGGCAGUCUCCAGUUCGUGGGAGCUCCCGGAGCAGGACUGGCGGGAAGUUUCCCCCGUCCUUGUCUUCUGAGGACAUUCUGAGCGCCAGUCCUGGGACGGAGACCGCGACGCGGCAGAAACCGGCACCACGAGAGGAAGAGGCCCAAGACAAGUUGGAGCCCCAGGGCCGAGAUAGGCGGCGGCUCUCUGGGGUCAGCACCAGCGGAGGCCAGGUGAACGGUUCAUGUGAAGAAGAGGAGAAGCCGCCAGAAACGAGAAGAAAUAUUCCGGACGCAGGGGAGUCCGAAGCUUCCAAACCUACAGGCGAUGAGGUAAUCACUGACAAAGCUUUCGAAGACGCAACCCCUGAGCCAAUGCCUCCAACAGGCGCACGAGCGGGGGAAAGCGGGGAUGGUACAAGACGAGACAAGUCCUCUGACUCCCCCAAGGACCAUGGGGAAGAACCUGACGAGGAUUACGUUGGGAACGAGCGGGUGGUUUUUAACGCGGACGGAGAUGCCUGUUACCAGGGUUGGGGGGAGAGCUGCACCGAUCCCGAGGACGACCUCUACGGAGACGACGAGGACAUCGUCUACGACCCGGGCUCUGGUCUCACGGAGAUCCCCGGUCUGCCGCACGAAAACAAAGAGGACGUCCCUCCGAUGAGGAAGAUACGUUUCAGCACCGCCCCCAUCACAGUGUUCAACACCCACUCCAACGAGGACUAUGACCGGCGUAACGAAGAGGUGGAUCCUGUUGCCUCCUCCGCAGAGUACGAGCUGGAGAAGAGGGUGGAGAAACUGGAGCUCUUCCCAGUGGAGUUGGAGAAAGAUGAAGACGGCCUCGGGAUCAGUAUAAUCGGGAUGGGCGUCGGCGCCGACGCAGGCCUGGAGAAACUGGGCAUCUUUGUGAAGACCGUCAUCGAGGGCGGAGCCGCUGAAAAAGACGCCAGGAUCAAGGUGAAUGACCAGAUCGUGGAGGUGGACGGGACCAGUCUGGUGGGCGUCACUCAGAGCUUCGCCGCCUCCGUCCUCAGGAACACAUCGGGAGUCGUCAGGUUUGUGAUUGGUCGAGAGCGUCCGGGUCAGCAGAGUGAGGUGGCCACGCUCAUCCAGCAGACCCUGGAGCAGGAGAGGAGGCAGAGAGAGCUGCUGGAGCAGCAGUACGCCCAGUACGAUGCUGAUGACGACGAGCAGACGGGAGAGUACGCCACGGAUGACGAAGACGCGGGGACGCAGGUCGCGGCCGAGGACAAAAGCAUCGAGGUGUUCGAUUUGCCCGAGUCGGAGGAAGUGCCGUCGCCCUCCGAGUUGGACGCCAGCAAACUCUACCAGAAGUUCAGAGAGCUGCAGAUCAAACACACAGUGACCGAGGCCGAGAUCCAGAAGCUCAAAAACAAGUUGUCGUCAGUGGAGAGGGAGAAGCAGCGCUGGGAGAAGGAGAAGAGCCAGCUGAAGGCCAGCAUCGAGGAGAACAAGGAGAGGAUGCUGAAGCUGGAGAGCUACUGGAUCGAAGCGCAGACCCUGUGCCACACCGUCAAUGAGCACCUGAAGGAGGCCCAGGCCCAGUACCAAACCCUGGAGAAGAAGUACAACAAAGCCAAGAAACUCAUCAAGGACUUCCAGCAGAAAGAGGUGGAGUUUAUCCAAAAGGAGGAUGCGGAGAGGAGGCGGCUGGAAGACGCUGAGAAAGCUCACCUGGCUGAGAUCCAGGGACUGCAAGUCAGGAUUGCAACACUAGAGUCCGAGUUAAUGCAGCUGAUGAAGCAGAACGGCAUCCAGGUCAACAACAACAACAGCAACAGCGCUCAGCAGAACAGCCCCCGGCGGGCGGCAGCACAAGCCGGAGAUCUGAAGGAGGCUUCUCCUUAUUCCCCCAACAAAAAGAAGAUGUGCGGUGACAGCAUCAGCUCCACAGAGGGGGAGGCGUCGGAAGGACACAGCAGUCCGGCCCACAGUCGGCCGGGUUCUAUUCGCAGCGCGGCCUCUUGUGAUGGCGCAGGAAGCUCCCCCAGGCGAACUCUGCACCGGCCGCCCCCCGCAGGUUCUCGGUCUCCUGCGACGUCGAGCCCCUCCCACUGUGUGGAGGAACGCAGACGAGCUCCGGAUCCCGGAUCCACAGAGACGUCAGCAGAGGACAGUCCACACAAACUCAAGGCCAAGCUACAUGAGACCUCCCUUACAUGGCCCCACUUCUUCUCCUAUUCAUAUUACUUGGGACCCGCUCUGAACGACGAUCUGAGCGCCAGCAGCAGCAGCAGCAGCAGCUCGGUGGAGAUCAGCGGCCUGCAGAGCGAGACCAAGGCGCUGGGACGCUCACACACACCGGCGCUUUCCUCAGACGAGAGUCUGGAUAUGAUUGAUGAUGAGAUCCUCGACGAGGCACAGUUGCAGAAGCAGUUCCCCUGUCAGAACCACAGCAUUGCAGAGUGGACCUCCCAGCAAGUGGCCCGCUGGCUAAUGGGCCUCCACUUAGAACACCACAUCCCAGAAUUCACUGCCAGGAACAUAGAUGGAGAACAGCUGCUGCAGCUGGAGAGUGCUGAGCUCAAGGCCCUUGGAGUUUCUUCUUCCCAGGACCGGGCCCUGAUCAAGAAAAAGAUCAAAGACCUUAAAGUUCUGCUGGAGAAGGCCCAGAGGAACCGAGAGAAAGUGGAGAAACAGCGCGAGAAGUUACAGAAGCGCGAGCUUGAGCAGCAGCAGAAGGACGCGAGCAGAGAAAGCACGGCGUGAAGUGAAGUGAAUUGUUAGAUCGCCGACCUGCUGCUUUUCUGUAGCACCACACCGAGUAGCACCUGGAGGAACAGAACGUCAGUAGGCCACACUAGGAACCCUGAGGGACGCCUGCUCAGUAGUUCAAUGCUUCUGACUGGUGGCGCCACACACCCAACUGUCGGAGACCAAUGAGUGACUUCUUCACCAAGCAAAUUAAACCAAAAUAUGCCGUUGGAUAUGAGGAUCCCGUCCCGUUCAAUUGCCUCAUUUUACACCUAGUUUUUUGGCCAUUUGAGAUUUUAAAAUUUAAUUUGGCUGUUUAUUGCUGUAAACAAGUGUUCAUUCAUAGCCAGAAAAAAAGUCUGCAAACAGUUCAACUCAUCCUCAUGUCAUAUCGUCUUCGUGGAAUUAUCCAUAAAAACACCCGUAGACGGCACGGCGCUAGUACACAUUUGUCUGAUGUGCCAUUUCAAUAGACUUGUGUUCAUCCCGUUGAAAUACAUGGAUCGGCGAAAUUGCUCUUGUGCUUUUACGAAGCUCACGCUGGAGAGUUGGAAGACACGAGGCAGUACUCCUCUCCCACCACUGGGUGUCCCCAUGCUGCUUACUGUCAACACUUUCCAAUAGGAACUAAAGGGGGAACCGAGUGCAUGAAGGAGAAACAAACUCUCAGUAUCUGCAAGAACACUGGAAGUGCAAACACUGUAAAUUCAACCUCUGUACUGGCUUGUCCAAUACAGUACAGUAUACGCCGUACAGUAUACAUAUAAAGUGUGAAUGACAACGAGGACAGACUACAGUUCAUGGCACUGGUUCUGAUGGAGACUUCAGAUACAAUGUAAUCAUGGAAUUUGUGACUAACAAAGCCUAUACCACAAAAACAAAACAAAAAAUGUGAAAAUUACACUUUCUACUUAAAUGCAUAAUGUUAAUUUUUGACACCUCGUAACCUGCUUUUGACUUCUUUUUGUAUUUUCUCUCACAAAGAAAUAAUACCCUGCGACUGCCUUUAGAAAUUCUAAAGGAGUAGUACCCCUUCAGUGUGAGUGUUGACAGAGUUUACCUUGCAAAUGAUUUCUGAAUAUUAUUUAGGAAUGCUGCCAUAUAGACAAGUCGCCUCUGCGAUGGAGGACAGACACCGUGAAUCUAGAAAUGAUCUAAGAGACGAUUACGCCUGAUACUGCUGAUGUGGAAGUGGCACCUGAUGGAGGAAAUAUAGUUUUCAUUUUCCUACGAAAACUGGUUCAGUAAGACUUGAAACAUUUUGAUUUACUUUUUAGAUAUAAAAUGAACAUACCUUUCGGCACGUGUGCUUUACGCAACUCUUGUUUUAUGAAUUUUGCCGGUCACUGAGAGACACGAUCCCUGUGUUACUUCUUCAGCAUUCCCGAGAGUCACUCCGUGGGUUUACAGUAACUAAAGAGACACCUUUGUCACCGUGAUCAAAAUGAAGGCAGCUUUGGUAAUAAUUCCCUUUUGUCUAAGGGCCCUGCCUGGUGUACUGUAAGCUGGUUAAGAGCAAGUCAUAUAGAUACAGUUCAUCCAUGCAAUCCCACAGUAAUACAUUUAUCACUGAUCUACUAAUGUUAUUAUUUAUUUAUUUCUGUAUUUAAUGAAGCAACUGACUACUGUUUAUGAUAAUUUAUUCAGAAUAAGAGUGAAAGAACAAUAAAUGAUUAUUAACACUUA